AGAACAGUCUGAUAUGAACUGCAUAGGGUCCACUGGCCCCUGCAAUCACUCUGGACUAUUUGCAUUUCCAGCCUGGAGCCCUUGAAGCCAGGAGGGAAUUAGGGUGUUCGGGGUGCUUUGGCUCAGAUGCAGACUAUUGCAAACCUCAGAAACGCACAGUGACGACAUGACCAAGAAGCUUCCUACCCCUGGCCUGGAAGCGAGUGACCGUGGGCACUAAUAACAACAGGGCCCUUUAAGAUCUUGGUCCAUGGUGGAAUCUUGCUUGUUUCUCACCACCAGGCCCAUUGCGUCUCCACUUCUAAGGCAGCGGCGGCGGCGGCAGCGGUGGGGGAAAGCGAAUUCCGCCCCGAACCACACCGAGGGGAGCUCGUGGUCGAGACUUGCCAGCCUAAGCACUCUCCCAAGUCCGGCCCGCUCCGCGAGGACUUCCGUCUUCUGAGCGAACCUUGUCAAGCAAGCUGGGAUCUAUGAGUGGAAAGGUGACCAAGCCCAAAGAGGAGAAAGAUGCUUCUAAGGGUAAGCCCGCCCGCCGAGUCCGCCUGCUUGCCUUUCCUUCGUUUCCCUCGCCCCCACGCGUGCGCGCCGCCCUCCGGCGGCUCCCUACCUCCCUCCUGGAGCCUAACCUACCCAUGACCUCUGCGACCCCGGGAGAAAAAGGGGGGCAGAGGCCGUCAGGGGGUGGAUCUACGUUUGCACCACUUUCCCUCCUUCCUCGCGGAAUUGUUGCCCCUCGAGUGCCUCCAGCCUCCUCCACUCCCCCUCUGGACACACGGUGGUGGCGCUGCGGGCAGACGAAGCUGCUGCAGCCGGGAGCGCCGGGAACCGUGCUGUCUGCUGACGGCCGCCUGUCUGUAUGAGUGCAUGUGUAUGCUUGUGCGCGCGUGUGCAUAUGUGUGCUGCGCGCGUGCAACAUGGUGACAUACUCAGGAAUCUGCCCUGCUCUCAGAACCCAAGCUUGAACCCACCUUCAGCCCCCUCUCCCUGCCCCCAGUGCAAACAAAGAGCCUGGUCGAGACGCAGAACCCCUCCCCCCACUCCUCCCCCAAUACACCCCCUAAUCCCAAACUCCCUAUCCACCCCACCCCCCGCGGAAGGCAGGAGCUUGCACCCUUCGACACGCCGCGUGCCAAAGUGAGCAAUCCUGGUGCCCCGGCGCUGCCCGCGCUGUGCUUUGGCAGCGCAGCCUCGCCAAGACCCAGGAGAACAAAGGCUGUUGUCCCCUUGCCACUAGUGCCCAGCAUGAGUGGGCCUCCGUGGGAGGGGGCAGUCCCCCUUCCUCUGCUUGCUGGGGUUCAGCCACCUCACUCGGGGCACCCUGGAGUGCGCGCCUCUGCCCGGAGCCUCCCAUGGGCGGGCUGGGGAGGCGCAGCAAAGGGGUCCUCAGGCUGGGGAGAACUAAGGCAAAGGAAGGGGACGCCCCCCACCCCUUGCCGGUUCUAGCCGUUGCCUUUUUGAGGACUAUGAUUAGCUCCCGAAUGUAAACUGGAGACAGCGGCCUUGGAGACCGCGGUGCAGAGAGAGGCUCAGAGAGGGAAUGUGGAAGAGCAGUGGGGAACGGCAGGUGCCUUAGGUGCGAGUGUCCGGAAUGGCCACAGAGCAGACGCUGGAGUGGGCUGGACUAGCCCUGAGGGCCCCAAGCACACUGGACCGAAGCGACCCAGGCCGAGUCCUCGCUGCAGAAGUGA